AUGUUGGAAUCGUCUCGAUCAACUUCAAUAUUGCUUCGCGGCGGCGUGAUUCUCCAGCACGAUUCUGGUGGUUCUGUCACAGGGCUCAAGGCUGAUCUUCUUAUAUCGGGGGACCGUAUUACACAAAUCCAUCCAAAGAUCUCACCCCCAGGUGAUGAAACCACAAUCAUCAACUGCCAUGAUAAACUAAUUAGCCCGGGAUUUAUCGACACACAUCGACAUAUGUGGCAGACCCAGCUAAAAGGGAGACAUGGAAAUCACAACCUCGCCGAAUACAUUCCAACUGGACAUCUCACGGGCGGCUUAUAUUCGCCAGAAGACGUCUUUUUUGGUGAAUUGGGGGCUGCAGCCGAAAGCAUUGAUGCAGGUACAACAACGGUUGUGGACUAUUCCCAUGUUGCUCUCUCACCAUCUCAUGUCCAUCGUGCUAUCGAUGGUCUUGUGGCUUCAGGGCUUCGAGCUUUCUUUUGUCUUGUUCCAACUAUUCAGGCAGAGAGUUGGAAACCAGUUGUCAAGCUAAAAGACACUCUGAUUCCAGACUGGUUUCUACCGUUGUUGGGAAAUUUAGCAGAACAGAUGCCCAUGGCAGAUGGACGAAUCAAACUAGGACUAGGGUUUGAUGGGUUUCAUCUACCUAGAGAAGAAGUCGUUAGCUUAUACCAACAGGCGAAGAAACAGGUCUUUGACGCAAUAAACCCACUUGCUGAUUAUGAUUUGCUUGGACCUAAUGUCAUUAUAUCUCAUGCAACCGGAAUGACAGACUACGACACCGCUCGCAUACGUGCUGCUGGAGCCUUUAUCUCGUCAACGCCAUCGACCGAGCUUCAAAUGGGCCUUGGAGAGCCAGUGUGUUUGAAGGAAGACUUUUACGGCAUUUCGUCAUUAGGUGUCGACUGUCACUCAGCGGUAUCAGCAUCUUUAGUCAACGAAGCCCGCCUUAUACUUCAACAUUCACGGGCUAUGCGUGUUCAAGAAAAGGACAUUGACCCCGUGAUGCAGAAUAGCAAGGAAUUCUUGCCAAUCAUGGAUCUUGUGAUGGAUGUUUUCAAUCUGAUUACAAUAAGCGGUGCUCAAGCAAUUGGCAUGGGCGACCAACUAGGGCAAGUUCAGGAGGGAAUGCUGGCCGAUUUAGUCGUCUGGGAUGCUACAAGUCCCGGAAUGCUUGCGGCUGCUCAACACGAUCCAGUCGCGGCAAUAAUCCUACACAGCUCGAUCAGAGAUGUCGAAACGGUUAUAGUAAAUGGGGUGCUACGAAAGCAUGAAGGAAAGUUGAUGCCCUUUCACGUCAAUCGAGAAGAACAAAAGGACUGGAAGACUGUUUCUAAGGAUAUUUUGGCUUCAAGAGAAAAGCUGGAACGUUUGAUUCAGAAUACGUGUGGUUAG